AUGGGGACUUGGGGACACCAUGAGUUCGAGGAGCGCAUGGCCGAGGAGAGCCAGGACCUCACGCUGGAGGAGAACCAGGUGAAGCGCUACCACCGCCUCAAGGAGGAGGCCAGCAAGCGGGCGGCCACCCUGGCCCAGGAGCUGGAGAAGUUCAACCGGGACCAGAAGGCCGACCAGGACCGGCUGGACCUGGAGGAGAGGAAGAAGGUGGAGACCGAGGCCAAGAUCAAGCAGAAGCUGCGGGAGAUCGAGGAGAACCAGAAGCGCAUCGAGAAGCUGGAGGAGUACAUUGCCACCAGCAAGCAGUCCCUGGAGGAGCAGAAGCGCCUGGAGGGGGAGCUCACGGCUGAAGUGGACGGCGCCAAGCGCCGUAUCGACGAGAUCAACCAGGAGCUCAACCAGGUCAUGGAGCAGCUGGGCGACGCACGGAUCGACCGUCAGGAAAGCAGCCGGCAGCAGCGCAAGGCCGAGAUCAUGGAGAGCAUCAAGCGCCUCUACCCGGGCUCCGUGUAUGGCCGCCUGCUCGACCUGUGCCAGCCCACCCAGAAGAAGUACCAGAUUGCAGUGACCAAGGUGCUGGGCAAGAACAUGGAUGCCAUCAUCGUGGACUCUGAGAAGACGGGACGCGACUGCAUCCAGUACAUCAAGGAGCAGCGCGGGGAGCCUGAGACCUUCCUGCCACUGGACUACCUGGAGGUGAAGCCCACGGACGAGAAGCUGCGGGAGCUGCGGGGCGCCAAGCUGGUGCUGGACGUGAUCCGCUACGAGCCGCCGCACAUCAAGAAGGCCCUCCAGUUCGCGUGCGGCAACGCGCUCGUGUGCGACAACGUGGAGGACGCGCGGCGCAUCGCCUUCGGCGGCCACCAGCGCCACAAGCUCACGGAGGAGCUCAAGGAGCAGAUGAAGGCCAAGCGCAAGGAGGCCGAGCUGCGGCAGGUGCAGUCGCAGGCGCACGGCCUCCAGAUGCGCCUCAAGUACUCGCAGAGCGACCUGGAGCAGACCAAGACGCGSCASCUGGCGCUCAACCUGCAGGAGAAAUCCAAGCUGGAGAGCGAACUGGCCAACUUCGGCCCCCGCAUCAACGACAUCAAGAGGAUCAUCCAAGGCCGCGAGCGGGAGAUGCGGGAGCUCAAGGAGAAGAUGAACCAGGUGGAGGACGAGGUUUUUGAGGAAUUCUGCCGGGAAAUCGGCGUGCGGAACAUCCGGGAGUUCGAGGAGGAGAAGGUCAAGCGGCAGAACGAGAUCGCCAAGAAGCGUGUCACCUGGGGCCACCCGGUGCCCCUUGGUGCUCCAUUGGGUGCUCCCCGGUGGCCCAUUGACAAGGUGCAGGGCUGGGAGCAGGGUCUGCACAAGGAUGAGGCCGAGAUCGAGAAGCUCAAGAAGGAGGAGCAGCGCCACAUGAAGAUCAUCGACGAGACCAUGGCCCAGCUGCAGGACCUCAAGAACCAGCACCUGGCCAAGAAGUCCGAGGUCAACGACAAGAACCACGAGAUGGACGAGAUCCGCAAGAAGCUAGGCAGGGCCAACAAGGAGAUGACGCACCUGCAGAAGGAGGUGACGGCCAUCGAGACGAAGCUGGAGCAGAAGCGCAGCGACCGCCACAACCUGCUGCAGGGCUGCAAGAUGCAGGACAUCAAGCUGCCGCUGGCCAAGGGCACCAUGGACGACAUCAGCCAGGAGGAGGGCGCCGCCGCGGGGGACGAGGCCCCCGGCGCCUCCCAGCGCUCCUCCAGCCUCUACGCGCGCGAGGCGCUCAUCGAGAUCGACUACAGCGACCUGCCCGAGGAGCUCAAGGUGCGCUGGCCCUUUAAGGGAGGGACACAGUUCGAGGCCGCCCGCAAGAGGGCCAAGAAGGCCAAGCAGGCCUUCGAGCAGCAGAAGAAGGAGAGGUUCGACCGCUUCAACUCCUGCUUCGAGGCCGUGGCCACCAACAUCGAUGACAUCUACAAGGCGCUGUCGCGCAACAGCAGCGCCCAGGUGCCACCAAGGGUGUCACCAAGGGUGGCACUGGGGGGACAUUGGGAUGGGGGGCAUUGGGAUGAGGCGCAGAGCCUCAUCGGCGUGUACCCCGAGCAAGGCGAUUGCGUCAUCAGCAAAGUGCUGACCUUUGACCUCACCAAGUACCCCAACGCCAACCCCAACCCCAACGAGCAGUGAGCCGGACGCCGGGGCCCC